AUGUCGUAUGCGACGUUAGGGGCUUUAUUAGCACAAUACCUGAUAAAAAGGGGUCUAGUGGGCAAACAGCAACUGUAUAAGAAAAGUUUAUGGAAGGAUAUAGAGGCACAACUGGGCAAGUUUAUAGAACAUUUGAAUGAGGAUGGCAUGGACGAUAUGUAUUCUGCGAAUUGCAACAACACUCCAUGGCAGUACCCGGGCCACCCGCCUCAGACAACCUACGUAGUUCCAACCACGAGUGACAGAAUUAUAUGUAAACUCAUGACAAGGGCAUUGUGGUUUGCAAAUGGCUGGAGUUCUACGACGGCGGCUGAUAUGCUGCAACGUGGGCACAAUACGGACUUGAAGGAUUUUAUCAGAUGCGGCAUUGUAAAUAUGUUUAUGCAUCUAUUGGAAGAAUCCGCGUGUAGCAGUCCGUCGGGCAUUUCGUAUGCAUGGUACACCAUGAAGCAAAUGAAGAAUGACGGACCGAUCGACCGGAACUUAAUAUAUGAGGACACAUGUAAGAACGGAACGGAAGAAGAUAUUCAGGUACACGCAUGGUCCAUGAAAAACAGUAUUAAACAAUGGUUAAGUACACAUGAAAGCAUACGCACCACAAUAAAGAACGCAAGUGUAAGUACGAACUGUAGCCGCAAAAUAGGAGAACUCCCGAGACAGGGGCCAGGUGCGACAAAUACGGAGGACGGGGACAUAGUAAAAGCCCAGGUAGUACAAACAGCGAAGAAUCUAAGCCACGGUAUGGCUACCAUAUUCACAGAAAUUAAGAAGGCCGUGAAGGCAAGUGGUAGCAACGCGGAACAUGCUAAAUCCCCAAUUCCUGACGCCCCCUCAGAACACUCGGACGACGAUGAGGAAGACGGCGAUGAGGACGAUGGCGAUGAUGAGGACCCGGAGGAGGAUGACGAGGAUGACGAGGAUGACGAGGAUGACGAGGAUGACGAUGACGAGGGCGAUGAAGAGGCGGACGCGAAAGGUAAGAACAGUACGAAUACGACUCGUAAACAUACCAAUCAUACGGCCGCACACGGGAUAACACUGCCGAAUGUGGAUGCCGCCACAACACAACAACAUGCACGCGGUGAAAGCAAUGCACACGGCAGCCACCACAACACAGCAAACGACUUCGCUGACGUUGAGCACAGCGGCCACGACGGCAUCGGCGAUGAGCGUGUAGCGAUGGCAGCGGCAAGUACAAUAGGUACAUCAUCGACUAAUGGCACAAGCCAAUAUGGCAUUACGGAUGCUAGUACAACCGUAUCGUUGAGUGAUGGAACGGACGUGGGAACGCGGGGGAAGCGUAAUUUUUACGGUGGUCGUGUGACGGGUAGUCCCUUGAAGAACACACUGUUCGAUGACAUGCGCAAAAAUUUUAAAUCCAAGGUCAAAGUAAAGAAGCCACAGCACAAAAACAAGACCUCGCAGGAUAUACCUGCAGGCGAUAAUUGUAGAAGAGGUUUGAAGAAAUGGACGCGUUGUAAAAUGGGGAGAAGAGCAUGGAUAAAGCUUAUAGUAGUAUUCUCAGUCUUGUAUCCAUUCUUCAUGUCCGAAGUACCACGAACCAUCUUCACUGCGCUCUAUAUGGGAUUACAAGUCACGUUUGUGCAGUUCAUGGGCUUCUAUGGAGGUCCCAUAUUGAUUGCAAUUAUCUAUGCCUGCGUGUUACUAUGUUUCGGUUGCUCGAAGAAGGGAAAAUGUGUACUAAAGAAUAUUUGCAAGGACGACGCUGCCACAGAAACGGAAAAAAAAGAAGGAGAAGUAAAUAAGAAAACGGAAGCACCUAAAAAAGCAGGAGAAUCCGAGACACAGGGAGGACCUGAGAGGCAGGAAGCACGCGGGAAAGUAAAAGUACCGUGGAAAUUGAAAUUACCUUGGUCACGCACAUUACCUAAGAAACCAUAA